GGCGCGGCGGGGCGCGGGGCGGGAGCGGUGCCCUCCGUGCUUUACGAACGCGCUGUUUCUGCUGUCGGUGCAGCGAUCGAGCCCCUGCCGAACGUGGUGGAGCUGUGGCAGGCGGAGGAAGGGGAGCUCCUGCUGCCCACUCAGGGUGAUUCUGAAGAGGAUGUGGAGGAGUUUUCUCAAGAACAGAGCUUCUCAGACAAACAUUUUAGUGGAAAAGGCUUACAUUUUCAGCCAUCAGUUCUAGAUUUUGGAAUACAGCUCCUGGGACAUCCCGCAGCAGAGAUUCUUUAUGCUCACAACCCUAGUAGGGAUAGUGAAGUUGUGGUGAACUCAGUGUUUACAGCUGCUAGACAUUUUCAUGUGCCUCCUGUUCACUGCAGGGUAAUUCCAGCAAUGGGGAAAACUUCCUUUAGAAUUAUUUUCUUACCUACUGAAGAAGGAAGCAUUGAAAGUUCUUUAUUUAUUAAUACUUCUUCAUAUGGAAUCCUUUCCUAUCAUGUGUCUGGAGUUGGCACUCGCAGGAUCUCUACAGAAGGCUCUGCAGAGCAGCUGCCAGAUGCUUAUUUUCUGCUUCCGCAAGUCCAGAGCAUUCAGCUUUCACAAACACAGGCAGAAACCACUAAUACCAGCCUCUUGCAGGUGCAUCUGGAGUGCAGUUUACAUAAUAAAGUGUGUCAGCAAUUAAAGAGUUGUUACCUGGAAUCUGAUGAUGUUUUACACUUACAAAUGAGCAUAAUUGUAACAAUGGAAAACUCCUCAAAAGAAUUUGAAGAAAACACUCAAGAUUUGUUAGAUCAUCUCUCUAUUGUUUAUGUAGCAACAGACAAAUCUGAAACCUCAGAUGAUUCGGCAGUGAAUAUGUAUGUAUUACAUUCAGGAAACAGCCUUAUAUGGAUACAGGAUGUCCAUCACAUCUCACAAAGGGAUGCUCUGUCUCUGCAGUUUAAACCAGUACUACUACCUACUUCUGCAACUAACUUCACCAAAAUUGCCUCUUUUACUUGCAAAGCAGCUACAACAUGUGACAGUGGAAUUAUAGAAGACGUGAAGAAAACAAAAAACACUCCAACACUAAAAGCAUGCCUCUCGUCCCCAGUGGUGCACGGGUAUUUCAGAGUGGACUCCUCUGCAGCCCGGUUUCAUAUAGAGAGUCAUGAGAACAUGUCAGGAGUGUGGUCCAUAUGGUGUCUCAACCAUUUUGACCGAGGCAUUGUGUUAAAGGAUGUGUUUGUUUCCAAGGAAACCAAGCACAUUUUCAAGAUUCUGAAUUUCACUGGCCCUUUAUUUCUACCUCCAGGCUGUUGGAAUAUAUUUUCUUUGAAACUUGCUGUUAAAGACAUUGCCAUAAAUCUAUUCACCAAUGUAUUUUUGACUACAAACAUAGGUGCCAUUUUUGCAAUACCUCUACAGAUUUUCUCAGCACCAACCAAGGAAGGGAGUCUGGGUUUUGAAGUGAUAGCACAUUGUGGCAUGCAUUAUUUCAUGGGAAAAUCAAAAGCGGAGAAACCUAACUGGGAUGGGAGCCUUUCUCUGGAUCUGUCUACCUGGGAUAUGGAUUCGGAACUUGCAAAUAAAUUGUAUGAAAGCUGGAAGAAAUAUAAAAAUGGUGAUGUCUGUAGGAGGAAUGUUUUAGGAAUGACUCAGUUUGCCCACUUCCAAAAAUCCAAGGAGUUGGAACCCUUUCCUUUCUUUUUGCCUCGUUUGGUCACAGAGCCUGGCCUUGUGUUGAACUUCAGUGCGACUGCCCUUCGGAACAGUGUGGUGAAGUACUUCAUGGUGAGGAACCCGUCCUCCCUGCCAGUGUCCUUGCAGCUGCUGCCUCUCUCCUUGUACCCCAAGCCGGAAGCCGCAGUGCGUCUGCUGCACAGAUGGUUUGGCACUGAUACUCGGAUGAUUAACUUUACAACCAGUGAAUUCCAGCUCACCAGAACGUGCCCUUACCGGGGAAUGCACUCUGAGGAGUCUGGGUUUGCCACCCUCCACUUGGAUUUGCAGCCUCUGGAAAUGAAAAGGGUUGGUGUGGUUUUCACACCAGUGGACUAUGGAAAAGUUACCUCACUCAUACUAAUCCGGAACAACUUGACAGUUAUCGAUGUGGUUGGUGUGGAAGGACUUGGCGCGAGAGAGCUGCUGAAAGUGGGCGGACGACUUCCUGGCACAGGGGGGUCACUCCGCUUUAAGGUGCCCGAGUCCACGCUGAUGGACUGCCGCCGACAACUGAAAGACAGCAAGCAAAUUUUAUCUAUUACAAAGAACUUUAAAGUAGAGAAUAUCGGACCUCUUCCUGUAACGGUGUCAUCACUGAAAAUCAAUGGCUAUAACUGCCAAGGUUACGGAUUUGAAGUGCUGGAUUGUCAUCAAUUUUCCUUGAACCCAAAUACAUCCCGGGAUAUCAGCAUUGUGUUUACUCCUGACUUUACCUCCUCCUGGGUCAUUCGGGAGCUAAUGCUGGUGACUGCGGCAGACCUGGAAUUCCGCUUCACCCUCAACGUGACCCUCCCGCACCACCUGCUGCCCUUGUGUGCCGACGUGGUUCCUGGGCCCAGCUGGGAGGAGUCAUUUUGGAGGCUCACAGUCGUCUUUGUCAGUUUGUCCCUGUUAGGUGUGAUUUUGAUAGCUUUCCAGCAAGCACAGUACAUUCUUAUAGAAUUCAUGAAAGCAAGGCAGAGGCAAAAUGCUAGCUCUUCCUCACAGCACAAUGGUCCGGUGGACGUCAUCAGCUCCCAUUCUCACAAAAGUAAUUGCAAGAACUUUCUUGACACAUACGGCCCCUCUGAUAAGGGCAGGAGCAAAAGCUGCCUUCCGGUGAGCACGCCUCAGAGCAGGACGCAGAACGCUGCCAAGAGGAGCCCAGCCACCCACGGCCAUUCUCAGAAGAAGCAUAAGUGCUCGGUCUACUACGGUAAACACAAAGCCAGCGUGUCUGCAGCCAGCAGUACCAGCACUGCCCCUGAGGAGAAGCAGACGCUGACCUCGGGCAGCCCCCUGUCUGCUGCGAAAGAAGACGUUGGCACCGAUGUUGUGGGCGAGAGCUGGGUCAGCCUCAAAUACGCAAGUGGCAUGAAUGUCAAUCUGCAGAAGAACUUAACUCUCCCCAAAAACUUACUGAAUAAAGACGAAAACACACUGAAAAACACAGUUGCUGUCAAUAGCACUUCAGAAUGCAGUCUGAAGGAUGGAGUACAGACAUGUAUGUUUCCUAAGGAAACUGACAUUAAAAUUUCACAAAACAUAGCUGAGCUCAAGCAACCAGAGUUCUGCCCACUGAAGACUUCUAAGAAACUACCUGAAAAUCCUUUGGCAAGAAACUCAGAUCAGUUCCAACAGUCAGACUUGCCAGAAGUUUCCAGGAAACAUAGUGGAAAUAACCAGCAAGUGCCUGUCAAGAAUGAAGUAGACAGUUGUGAAACUUUGAAAAAGGUUGACACAAAGUCUUCUUCAGAAAAGAAGAUUCACAAAGCAUCUAAAGAAGACAUAUGUUCUGAGAAACAGGACAUAUCUUCAGUGGAGCAAGAAGAUCUUUACAGGAAGAAGAAGCCUCAGGAGAAAAGGGAAGGAAAUGUACAAAAUCUAAAUUGGAAUAAAAAUCGAACAUGUAGAAAAAACAAGAAAAGAGGCAUUGCUCAGGCAUUGUCAAGGUCUUCUGAACAGAGUGAACUAAAGCUUGUGUGCAGUGACUUUGAGAGGUCUGAGCUGAGAGGAGACAUCGAUGUGAGAAGCUGGUGUAUGCAGGAAAACACUGGGGAGAUUUGUAAAGCAGAUUUAGUGACCGCAAACAGCUCACUCGAUGCAGAGAGAGAGGCAGAGGGUUACCACCAGAAGCCUGAGAAGCAAUGUGCAGACAAGUUUUACUCUGAUACCAGCUCGGACUAUGGGAGCUCCUCGUGCAGUGUGCGUGCCAGCCGGGGCAGCUGGGGCAGUUGGAGCAGCAGCGGCAGUUCUGACAGUGACCGGAAGCCCGCAGUGGACUCGCAGCUCUUCCUGCUGUCCAGAGACAGUGUUUCCCAAAAUGAUUUUCCUUCUGGAACUCCUCUCUCCCUGAGCCUUUCUCAUCACAUCUGCAACCCCACAGACGUGAUUCACCUCCCGCCAUAUGCAGAGCCUUCCUGCCCCAGCCUUCCCGCUGAGCCCACAGGUGUCAAGGAAGAGAAAGGUCUGUACCCACCUGGAGACCUGUGGCCGCCCCAGCCAAUGUGUGUGACGAGCAGCGUGAGCUGCGCCUUGGAGAACAGUGUGCCUGGCAUGAUUCAGGAGCCUGCCCCGGUCCCGAACAGCAGUUUCGUUGAUUGGAGUGCAGCUUGCGAAGGCCAGUUUCCCAGUGUGUACUGCCCGCUGGAACUGAGCGACUACAAUGCCUUUCCAGAAGAAAAUAUGAAUUACACCAAUGGGUUCCCCUGUCCUGCAGUUCGGACCGACUUUAUCGAUCACAACUCUCCGUCUACCUGGAACACAGAACCCAACGUGCCGGCUGCCUGGGAACACGCCGGCCUCGUCAGCUCGCCGCCCUACCUCAGCAGCACCCGAAGCUUGUCUCCAAUGUCUGGACUUUUUGGUUCCAUCUGGGCCCCGCAAAACGACAUGUAUGAGAAUUGCUGCCCCGUCAGUCGCAGCACGGAACAUGCGGCCCACAUGGAGAACCAGGCGGUCCUGUGCAAGGAAUACUACCCCGGCUUCAACCCCUUUCGUGCCUACAUGAACCUGGACAUAUGGACUAGCACGGCAAAUCGCAGUGCAAACUUCCCAUUGUCCAGAGACCCGAGCUACUGUGGGAACCUGUGAAGGAAUUGAGUUUUAAACAGUGUGAGUAAAGAGGUUUGUGUUUUGGUUUCUAGCGUAAACUGGUUGUUGAGAUAGAUUAUGAUGUUGGCGGAUAUUUUGGCACUUUUAUAUGAAAAUAAAUUUUUUUAAUGAAA